GGUCAGUAACAAACACACAGUCAAGCAGAAAGGAGAGGAGAAGUUAAGAGACAGGAGAGAAGAGGAAUUUAAUGUGGCGUCACCAUGCUAUAAUCACCGCUCUGUGACUGAGUAAGCACCUGGAUGUGAAAAAGUAUCCACCUACCUGCUCUCACCUCUACUCUCCACUGCUCUGAGUCCAAUGGCAAAGCAUGAUCCGAACGACCCCCCUCCUCCUUACUACUCUGUUGCCGUGCACACCCAACCUCCCCUGACGCCCUAUGAGGAGGUGGUGUACGGUGUGGGUCCAGGCCUGACGCCCCCCACCCAGCCACAUUACAUCCCCCAGUAUGCACCACCUGUGGUAGUUCCCCAGGUCACACGGCCAAGCAUACCCCCCAGCAGGAAGAAGAAAAGAUGCUGUGAGAAUAAUGCCAAGUGUUACGGUGGGUCAGGGGGAGUUUUACUGGUGCUCGCUCUGCUGGCACUGGCCAUCUGGCUUGGAGUUCGUUACGGCACCAGGCUGGCAACGGCAGCGAUCUUGUAUGAUGACGACGAUGAUGACAGAAAUGAAGAUCUGCCGCUGCCAAAGCACGACAGCUGCCCCAAUAAUACUGUCCAGUGUGACGGGAUAAGAGACUGCCAACUUGGCUCUGAUGAAACAAACUGUGUGAGGUUUGGUGAGGAUAAUGGUCUUCAGAUCAAGACAUCUCAAGAUGGCCGCUUCCUACCAGUGUGCUACAAAGGCUGGGACCAGAGCUAUGCUGAACAGACCUGCUCUCAACUGGGAUUCAGACAGUCAAGUGUCACCAAACCAAUUCAAUCCCAGGAGACCACUGGUUUAACAAUGACCAGCAGAUCAUCCUCACCUAUCCAGGGUCUGGUAACAGUCAGUCCUUCCUGUCCAGACCAGAAGAUUGUCUCCCUGCAGUGUGUGGACUGUGGUGAGCAGCAGUCUACAUCCCGGAUCAUUGGAGGCAGCAUAGCCAAGACAGGUCAGUGGCCUUGGCAGUUGUCGCUCCACUUCAGAGGAUCCCAUGUCUGCGGCGGAGUCCUGAUCUCUCAUGAUUUUGUGCUGACUGCUGCACACUGCUUCCCGAGAAGCAACUCUUUGGCUUUCUCAGCUGACCACUGGACAGUGUAUGCUGGACUGGUGUCCCUGGACAAUCUACCUCAGCCUUACCUGGUUAAGAAGAUCGUGCUCAACGAGAACUACAGCAGCAAGACUAAUGACCAAGACAUUGCUCUGCUGAAACUGACAUCUCCAGUCGUUUUCAAUGAUAAAGUCCAGCCAGCUUGUCUGCCAACAUCUGGCCAGCAAUUUCUCCAUGGAACCAAAUGCUGGACCUCAGGCUUUGGCACAACUGAGGCAGGAUCCGGCACCGUCUCCAAGGAUCUGAUGGAAGUGAUGGUGGACAUCAUCGGUACACCAGUGUGUAACAACCUCCGUGUGUAUGGAGGCUCUGUGUCCAGGAACAUGCUCUGUGCUGGGGACCUGAAUGGAGGCAAAGACUCCUGUCAGGGUGACAGUGGUGGACCUCUGGUGUGUCAGAAAGACAAUCGUUGGUACCUGGCAGGGAUCACAAGCUGGGGAGCUGGCUGCGGUGAAAGAUACAAGCCUGGCGUUUAUACCAAAGUCAGUAGUGUUUUGCCCUGGAUCUACAGCAAAAUGCAGCAAGAGAAGCCAUGAUGCCCCUUUGUCUCCUGUGGGUGGUCCGCUUCCCCACUCCCCCCAAUGGACCCCGCACUAUGAAGUCGUCGUAGGAAGAUGGAUGGACUGACACAUUGGUGAGGAGAUGCUGUAGACAGGAAGACAGACAGAUGAAAGGUUGAGGGAGUAGUAGUGCCACAAAAAUGCCCAAGUUGAACAAAGGACAUCUGUCCUGGUUUCCUACAUCAUUUAUAUUCAUCCUCUGUCACAUACACACUAAUCGAUGCAAUGACUUCAGUUCUUGAUUUUUUUUCCCUCUGUCUUUUGGUGUCUCAGUUGUACAGUAUAUUUACUGUAGGUUUAUCUACAGUACAUGUUAAGCGAGCUUUAAAGAUGGCUGGCCCUUCUCUUAUGUGUUCUGUGCCAAUGCAACAGUCCAUUGGACUAUGAUCUCUUAAACUGGUUUGAGAAGGGUACUCUUUAAAAAUGAUUUAUGAUUGUAUAGAGGUGUGUUUUUUGUCCUCAGGGACACAUCUCAGGCUUUUCUAUGUUACCUGUUGUUUAUCACAUUGAAAUUAAGUAAGGACACUUUAUAUAUUCACUUAAUGAAGAAGGAAAUCAGUUUGAUGCUUGACCCCCUUUAUUGAGCUGGCACUCUGUGCACCUAAACCUCCUCUUAUGCUCACACUGUGAAAUUUUUCAGAAAUUGUAUGUCAACAUGUAUGUGUGCGUGUGUUGUCUGUGUCAUAUUUAUGUGGACUGGCCAUGCUGUCUAACAGAAUUUUCUACUUGUCUAACGUGUGGGAUCAGAGCUUUAAACACUGAGCAUACAUAAAAAAAAAUAAAAUAAAGAUGAAGGAAAAUCAUUA